AAAUUUUAAAUCCACUAGGAACAACGCCAUCCAACGACCCGGGUUGAAGUGCGCAUCGCCGGGGUUUGCAGGCUGACGGUUGGCCGCAGCAGAGAGGAAGCACCCAGCAGGGGAGAAGGAGGAGGAAGAACCGCUGUACUAGGUGGUGGGGGGGGGGCCAUCCAUCCAGGACCUGAUGUUCCCCUGCACGCCCCGCUGAAACACAAGGACCUGUCGGACUGGUGGUGGUGAGGAUUAUCCAGGAGGCUGGAGGAAGGAAGACAGGGAGGGGGGAGGCAGCGACGAGCAUCAUCCGGAGGGGAGCGUUUUGUCAGGGAGGGCUAACCAACAUAAGGCGGAACAGUAAUAAACUGAUAGAAAAUAAAAGGAAAAGCCCAAAAACCUGGAGUAGGAUUUUGCAGCCUAUAGACUGUAAUGUUUAAAGGAUACUGGUCUCCAGGGAGGCAAGUCAGUUCAUGAUUGUUAUAGAAACGCAUGCCGAGCCAACACAACUGACUGGGGAUCAGCCGAUUCCAGUAUUGUUAUGCAACUCAAAUCAUUUGCAAUUCUAUAGAAAGUGUCCUAUAUCUUUGCCAGCGCUGUGUUUCUGUGGUGCUUUCGAGGGCAGCUGGGAUUACUGAAGCGGGUCGUUCGUUUCGGUGCGUGAGUGUGUGUAGGGGGGGUGGGGGGGUAGGACCAUAGUGGACGCUUGAUAGUCGAGGUUGGACUCCACGGAGAGAAGAUGUCGGGUCAGACGCUGACGGAUCGCAUCGCCGCGGCGCAGUACAGCCUGACGGGAUCCGAGGUCGCCCGAGCUGUGUGUAAAGCCACCACACAUGAACAGACAGCUCCAAAGAAAAAGCACCUGGAAUACCUGAUCCAGGCCACCCAGGAGACCAAUGUGAACGUCCCCCAGAUGGCUGACACGCUGAUCGAGAGGGCCGGCAAUGCCAGCUGGGUGGUGGUUUUCAAAGCCCUGAUUGCCACACACCAUCUCAUGGUGCAUGGCAACGAGAAAUUCUUGCAGUUCCUGUCAUCUAGAAACACCUUAUUCAACCUUGCCAACUUCCUGGACAAAACCGGCUCCCAUGGAUACGACAUGUCCACGUUCAUUAGACGCUACAGCCGCUAUCUCAACGAGAAGUCCUUCGCCUACAGACAGAUGUCUUUUGACUUUGUCCGAGCCAAGAAAGGAGCGGAGGGAGUGAUGAGGACCAUGUCAGUAGAGAAGCUGUUGAAAGGAAUGCCCACCCUGCAGAGCCAGAUUGACUCACUGCUGGAUUUUGAAGUGCAUGCACAGGACCUGAACAAUGGGGUGAUAAAUGCCUGCUUUCUCCUGCUCUUCAAAGAUCUGAUCAAGUUAUAUGCCUGCUACAAUGACGGCAUCAUUAACCUGCUAGAAAAGUUUUUCCAGAUGAAGAGAAGCCAGUGUAAAGACGGGCUGGAGAUCUACAAAAGAUUCCUGACACGAAUGACUCGGGUUUCAGAAUUCUUCAAAAUUGCUGAGCAAGUGGGAAUAGACAAAAAUGACAUACCUGAACUCACCCAGGCCCCAGAAAGUCUUCUGGAGUCCCUGGAGACCCACCUCAACACGCUGGAGGGGAAGAAGCCAGAGGAUAAGUCGCCCACUAAGGAUGCGACAGCCAACAACAGCUCGCCUGCUGCUGCUGCUGCUGCUGUUGUUGCACCGGCCAGGCACGCGCCUGCCGUUCCUGCCGGUGGGCCCCCUGCUCGCCCCGGGCCACCUGCCAAACCUCCUCCGCCCUCUAUCACCCCCACCGCACCAGUCCCCACCGCCACCACUACCAGCAAUGCUCUUGAUGAUGGGUUCUUGUUGGAUCUAGACCCCAUGUCCUCCUCAAGGGGUGCUACAGCCACUUCCUCCAUGACUGGAUGGGGAGAUCUUUUGGCUGAGGCAACUCCGCCUGCCACGGAUGAAGCCUCUGAAGCUCUCCUAGCAGAGGGAGAGUCUGCUGAUGCUGAUGAUGCAGCGGCUGCUGCUCCUGCAACUCCUGCGCCCAAAGCCGCUGCCGCUACCAUUGCCACUGCCGCUGCCGCAGCCGCACCGGCACCCGCCUCUCUGCCCAUCUCGGCUCCCACCUCAUCCGCAGACAUAGACCUUUUCGGAGAUGCGUUUGCACCUUCCCCAGGAGAUGGUCCUUCUGCCGUGGCCGCGGGCCCCGCUUCUGAUGCUUUUGGUGGAUCUGACCCCUUUGCUACGACGGAGGGGAGUGGGGACAUUGCUCCAGAGCUGGACCUGUUCGCUAUGAGGCCCACCGACACGGGGGCCACUGCCGCAACCCCUCCCACCUCUAGUGAGGCGCCGACCAUCGUCGUCCCCAUCGCUGCCCCCGCUGUCCUCACCCCUUCUUCCACCACCACCACCGACACCACCACCACAGAGUCUGCAGCCGCUCCGACUCUAGAUAUCUUUGGUGAUAUGUUUGAUUCUAUGCCUGAGCAAAGCCCUACCACAGAAUCCAAAGCUGCUACCACUCCUAGCGUAGACCUUUUUGGUUCAGACCUCCCUGCUGUUUCACGCGGCCCCUCUCCUUUGCCCGAGCCGGCUCCGGUUGGAGACAUCGUGACUGACUCAUUUACAUCUCCUGCUGCUGCUGUAGCUCCCAUCCCAGAGGCCCCCUCUCCACCCAAAGCAGAGCCGGAACCUGUCAUUGACCUGCUGGACUCCUUCGGAGGUUCUGUGGAGGAGACGCAGAGCUCUGCUCCUGGAGGGCCUGGGGACGAUCUGCUGGGAGGCCUGAUGUCCCCCACCCUGGCUCCCACUGCUGCCCCAGCUCUAGUUCCAGCCUUUGCUCCGGUGCAAAACAACCUCCUGGAGUCGGGCUUUGACGCUCUGGGCUCCCUUACCUCUCCAGCACCGCCUGUACCUGCUGCAGUACCGAUAGUACCAUCUAUACCAGAACCUGCAACCACCACACCGGCGCCCUCUGGUGGCUUUGAUGCUUCAAUGUUUGAUGGAUUAGGCGACUUGCUGAUGCCCGCCAUAACGCCCCAGAGUACCGGGGGCAGCACUGCUGGAAGCGCAGCAGGAAGCAUGGGAACUCCCGUCGCAGCGGGAGGCAUUGCAGCCGCCACCCCACCUCCUACCAAAACCGUAGGGGGAGACCUGGACUCGUCACUGGCCAACCUGAUUGGAGACCUUGGAGUAAAGAAAAAGGACCCACAGAGUGAGAAGAAGCUGACAGGAGGCGCCAACUGGAUGCCACAUGUAGUUCCCACAAGCUGGGCUACACCAGGAGCCCCCAUGGCUGGUGCCGCCCCCGGAGCUCCUGGGGCACCCGGAGCAGCCAUGGUGCCACCAAUGAGCGCACAGCCUGGCUUUGGCAUGCCUCCUGCAGGAGGGCCUGGAGCUCCCUUGAUGCAGCCCCUAAUGGGGCAGCCUAUGAUGGGACAGCCCAUGAUGAGACCUCCCUUCACUGGGGUGGCUGGAGCCGCUGCACCAGGAGCACCGAUUCCUCCGGGACCUGCAAGCCAGAGCCCCAAGAAGCCCAAGGACCCUUUGGCAGAACUCGACCUCAAAGACUUCUUAUAACGCCCCAGGUGGGAGCUCACAACGCUGCUUUCUUCUCUGGAGCAGGGCCCUCGCACCUUUUACUUGGUGUCUGUCAACAUCUCAGGAUGUUCAGCUUAUUCAACCCAAUAAGAGCCUCUUAUCUCCACCCGCCCAUCAACACCCCACCCGUCUCCUGUGUGAUGUCGUAGCACAAACUGUGAAAGUGAACCAUAGCGGAUUAUAUAUAUACAGUAUAUAUAUAUAUAUAUGAGAAGAAAAAUAAGUGUGUGUGCUUAUGUAGAUGUACUAACUUUUUGUCUAAACAAAAUGACUCAAAACCCCGAGAAAAAAAAGUCCACAACAGUUAAGUGAAAGAAAGUGAAGGCAUAUGUGUUUAGAUUUCUUUCUAGUGUCGAGUUGAAUGAUGGAUGUGCUUUGGUGUCCUAAGCCCCACCCACCACCCUGUAUUUGUCCCCGCCUCCUCAUAAAGGGGGAGGAGCUCUUCUUUGUCCCACUCUGAUUGGAUGAGAGUGGUAAACGAAGCCCCGGUAGAUUUUUGGAGAAACAUGUUGUGUGUUGGUUUACAGAAAAGGUCCUCGUUGAUGUAUAUAGAUUUCUGUGGCGAGGAUUACGUCUCUAUUCUGUAUGUCUGUUGAAGAGAAAUAUAAAUGUGAAUCUGACAUGAAAUUGUAAGAAGUCGUGUGAGUAUCCUUCUAUUUCCCGUCAUCUUUUGAAAGUAUUUGGAAACAAAUAUGAAUAUCGUUACAUGAUUAAUAUACUGUAUAUUUAAGAAACUUCCAUGAGCUUCUGAAUCAUACCAGGUCACCAAGUGAUCCUUUUUUCUUUGUUUCUUUUUUUACUUGUGGCUUUUUUUCUAUGUUUCUUUAUUCGUCUUUCUGUCCAAUGUUAUUCAUAUGUUCCGUUUCUGUUAAUAAUCCUCCAGAAUGCAUGUCGAUAUUUGCUGGCAUUGCUAUCAAAAAACAUAUCUUACGACGAUCUUUAGAUAUUCGUCAGAGAGGUCAACUGAAACUGUUCCUUUUACAAUAACUGUACCUGUUUCUACCUGCGGUUUGACACUACACAUGUGGGUAUGUCUGUUGCCUGUGCUUUCAUUGUAACUAUGGUUACGACCAGGUCAGUAUGAUUAUUUUGUAUUUAGAGUAAGAUAUUAACAUUGCCAUACCAAACUCGUGAACCAAAAUGUUCAGACAGAUCAAAUCAAUACAAAAGAUUUCAAAGAAUAGCAGACAAUCAACAUGGUGAAAGGACUUUAGUGGUUUUGCUUACUUUUCACUUAAGUCAGAUACAGGCACAUAUUAAAGGUACCCUAUCGAGUUUUUUUUCCUAAACAAAGUUCUGUUUGUUUCUCACCAAAAAAAGCAUUGGGUGUCUACUUGAGGCUUUACAAAUGCGAUAAAUUAAUUUACUUCCAACUAAAAAAUGACAUUCCUGCACACACUCCUGUCACCUCUGCAAUAUUCCUUUUUAUUUGAGAAAUGGAUCUUUGGGGGAAUAAAAUCCCUGCACAAUGAAGGAGACAAAGCGAGUGGUGUGCGUGUUGCUUUGUACUCAUUUCGAAUGAAUUUGAAAAGCGGAUGAAACCUACGUUGUUUACAUACAAUACGGGGUGCUGCUCAUCAAUACGUUGCUUCAUAGUGCUACUAGUCAAAAACUCCACAGGGUUCCUUUAAGUUCCAUGUUACUUACCUGUGCCACACACUGCUGUUAGACAAAAUGGGCCAAGUGACAGUGUGUAUGUCUGCACUGCUGCUUUGACAAUAUUAUAAUUACGAUGCACAAUGAUAUUUGACAAAGGAAAAUCUCAUUUGAUUGCUGUCUGAACAUAACUUGUUCAAGUUGUUUAUUUGAUCAGUGCUGGAUGCCACUGUCCGUCUAGGCAUGAUCUGGUUCCCAAAAGCAUCUUAACACAAAACUCCUCGGUUCCCGCAGACUUACAAUGGAAUGAACAUGUUGAUAAUAUGCAUUUGGACAGCUGUGUAACACCAGAGGCCCCCAGUCCUUUGCUGUAAAUCAGACUAAUGUAAAGUGUACUGUGUGUGUUAUCUUUUUCAGUGGACUGAAUAAGCAAUUGGUUGUGAGAAUCUGAUAUGAUUCAGAGAAAACAAUGGGAGAUUAUUAACUUUUUUUCAUUACUGAAUAAUUGAAAUUGUAUUUUUGUUUAGUUGUAAAUUUAUUUUAUUUACGAUGGCCCUCCCCAGUGCAUGUAAGUCCUUUGAGGUGCAAUAAAUUCAAUGACGGAUUGAACUGCC